GCAACGGAAGUGACGUCAUUAAAAGCCAAACGCCACAUCCCAAGCGACAUUCUCCACAAGAUCUCUCCAGCACCAACAUGUCCGGCCUUCUAAGAACCAUCGCCACCCGCCUCACUUCCACUGUGCGCGGGCAGGCCGUCACUCAGCGGGCAAACGUUUCCACAAAACGGCGGGAGCACAUCGGCCCUAUGGAAACGGUGAUUGCCAUGAGUAUGUUCGCCAUGGCCAUCCUGGGACCCUCCGGAUGGAUCCUGUCCCACCUGGAGGACUAUAGGAAGAGAGACUAAAGUGGACUUUUGGACAGUUGACCCGUCUUCCGUGUCCUGAUGGAGCCAUCACCGCCUCCAUUGCCACCUGACAUGGGGCCCGGUUAGGGACAGUUUUCCUCUAUUGUACACAUUUCUGGGCAUAUAUUGUGUGUACACGAUUAAAUCUUAAAACAAAGAAAAACA